UCCUCCCAGCCUCCAAUGAGAGAGCCCUCUGGCUUCGGAGGCAAACUUCCAAGAGCGCUGCUGGAGGCGGGCAAGGGGAAGGUCAAGGGGGAGGGCUGGGAGUUUCCCCGCGCUUGGAGUAACUUUCCUCGCAAGGAGGAGGAGGAGGAAAGAAAGGAGGACGGAGAAGCAACAGGAGCGCGGAAAAGCGACGGGAUGGGCCUGGUUGAUCUGCUCCCCUUGCCCCCCUUGGGCCUGGCCUUGGCCACUCUCCUGGCGCUCGGGGCGUUGUGGCAUUUCUGCAGGAGGAGAAGGAGACCUGGCGAGCCUCCUUUAGAAGCUGGUUGGAUCCCAUUCUUGGGAGAGGCUCUGAAUUUUAGAAAGGAUGCAACCAGCUUUUUAUUGUCCUUGCAGAAAAAACAUGGAGAUGUUUUCACAAUAUAUUUGGCUGGCAAAUAUAUUACAUUUAUAUUAGACCCCCUGCAGUUUCCUUCUGUAAUCAAGAAUGGAAAACACUUGGAAUUCAGUGAAAUAGCAGAUGAGAUAUCAUCCCGAGCAUUUGACCAUCCACCUGUUUUAAAAGAGAUUUACUCAAACCUAAGUGAAAAUGUGCACAGGGGUUAUCAGUACCUUAUAGGGAAAUCAUUGGAUGAACUCUCUGACAGCAUGAUGAAAAACCUCCAAAGUCUAUUUAAGGCGAAGUUCUCACACACAGCAGAUUGGGAAAAAGAGACAGUGAAUAAGUUCUGCUUCUCCAUCAUAUUUGAAGCCAGUUUUAGAACGCUGUAUGGAAGAGAUCCUGAUGCAGAUGGCUACAGUGUAACUGAUGCCAUUGGAGACAAGUUUCUCAAGUUCGAUGCCAGUUUUGCCUAUUUGGCUGCAAACAUACCAGCUGAAUUGUUGGGAGAAACCAAGGGAAUCCGGAAAGAACUAAUCAAUUUCUUUAAACCUGCAAAUAUGUCAAAGUGGUUGGGAUGUUCAGAAGUAGUCCAAGACAGAAAGAAUGUGUUCGAGAUGUAUGAAGCACUUGGAGACUACGACAAAUCAGCACAUCAUUUUGCCUUCCUGUGGGCCUCUGUGGGAAACACGAUUCCAGCUACAUUCUGGGCCUUGUAUUAUCUUCUGCGGCACCCAGAAGCUCUUUCAGUGGUGCGUGACGAAAUUGACCAUUUGCUGCAGUCAACAGGUCAAGAGAGGGGGCCAGGAUUCGACAUCCACGUCACCAGAGAACAAUUGGACAACCUGGUCUACCUAGAGAGUGCCAUAAAUGAAAGUUUACGAUUGUGCUCGUCUUCUAUGAACCUCCGCCUCACAAAGGAACGUUUUAUUCUGAAGCUUGAAGGGAAUCUGGAAGUCAGUUUGAGAAAAGGAGAUUACAUCGCUAUUUAUCCUCCAACUCUACACAUGGACCCUGAGGUCUACCAAGAUCCUGAGCAAUAUAAGUUUGACCGUUAUAUAGAAAACAAAAAGAAUAAGACAGCUUUCUACAAACAAGGAAAGAAGCUGAAAUACUUUCUGAUGCCUUUCGGCUCCGGGGUCAGCAAGUGCCCCGGCAGGUUCUUUGCAAUCAAUGAGAUUAAGCUGUGUUUGGUGUUAUUGUUGUCUUAUUUUGAUAUGGAAUUAUUGGAACAGAAACCAAUUGGAAUGGACAAGAGUAGAUUCGGCCUUGGAAUCUACUUGCCUGAUUCUGAUGUUCUGUUCCGUUACAAGCUCAAAUCUUAAUAUGGAAAUUCAGUUGUUGAUUGAACAUCCUACUCUGAUUCAUUCUGUCUCUUGCUAUUAAAAUCUGUAUGGCUUUCAUAUAUUUCCAGUGUAUUUUAAAUAUGAAAUUUGCUGCAUUUUGAUUUAUGCAAAAUAUUUCAGAUUUUGUCAAAAACGCUGUCAUAUUUGCAAAGAGCCAAGGCCAUUUAUGCAUGAGGCAGGAAGCAUGGGUUUUAAUCAGGAGUGGGAAUCAUAUGGACUUCCAAAUGCUGUUGAACUGCAGCCCCUAGUAUUACCAUUGGCAGUGGUGGAUAAGGCUACUGGGACAUGAAGCCCAGUCACAUCUGGAGGGCCUUACAAUUACCACAACUGGUGUGAAUCAAAGUGCUAGUCCAAGCUAAAGUACACCCAGUGAACCAACAGAAUUUGGCAAACAAACACAUAUAUAAGUUUCAUUGAUUCAAUGUAAUUGACUUGGAAUUUAUAUAAAUUAUCUGUUGAAUCAAUGAAAUUAUCUAUUGAAUCAAUGGAAGUUCAGUUAAUUCAAUAGGAUUACAAUAUUGUUUUGGGGCUCAAAAUGACAUUGAGGACAAAUAGUACAUUCUUAGUGAAACAUCAUAAAGAAGGUUUGGUAUGUAUCAACACAAGAGAUUUGGGAUUCAAAUUGCUAAUCGAAACUGUGGGUUUUAUUCUUUUGACUUUGUUUCUUAUGAAUGUUGUUCUGGAUUAAUUUCGAAAGAAUCAAAGCAGUUACAUUGAUUCAGGCCUAGCACUGUUAGAAGUUUGGGUUUGAGACCCUGCAUAUUCAGUCAUGUUAGUACUAAAUUAGUACUGAAAUCUUUCUCUUCAAGAAGGAUAAUGACAAGCUAGUAUGUUUAGCUUGAAAAGAAAGCUGAGAGGGGACAGGAUAACCAUGUUUAAACACUUGAAAGGAUGUCACAUGGAGGAGGGGGCAAGCUUGUUUUCUACUGCUCUGGAGACUAAGACAUGGAGCAAUGGAUUCAAAUUGCAGGAAAAAAAAUCCUUAGGAACAACUUCCUGAUGGUAAAAGCUGUUCAAGACGGGAAUAUGCUGCUUUGGAGUCCAGUGGAGUCUCCUUCUCUGGAGGAUUGUAAGCAGAGGCUGGGUGGCCAUCCAUUAGGGAUGCUUUGAUUGUGUUUUCCUGCAUGGCAGGGGGUUGGACUGGAUGGCUCUUAUGGCCUCUUCCAACUCUAGGAUUCUUUUUUUCCAUGAUAAACCUCACUCAUUUUUAACAGAAACAGCAGACAGGUGCAACAUGGAUGUCUCCAUUUUAGGAAUAACUGCAUUAUAAAUUUGGCUGGUACAAAUGGGAAAAUUACAUUUCAAUUCAUAUUUGAAUUUGCAAAACACAUAUUUGUCAUGGAAAGUGCAAAUGUUGCAAACUGUGUAUUUGGAACUGAAAGAACUGGAUGCUUUUUUAGUUUAAAAAAUGAACCACAGAGAAAAAUCAAAUUGACAUUUUUUUUCCAUUUGAGCCAUUAGUGGAAUUUCUGGCCUGUUGAAAGGAACAAGACACUAAAGCUGGUACAAACCUUUUUCUUCUAACAGGCCAUUGAACAUCUGAACUAAGGUUUUGUUGAGAGAGGAUUUAAUUUAUUUGGGGUUGUGGUUUUGUUUUUACUGAUAGGUUUGUAAUUGUGUUUUUAAUUAGUCUUUGGUGUUUUAAUUGGCUUUGAUUUUUCGCCCUGUGGGCUGCUUUGAAUUCCAUUUGUUGGUUGAAAGAUGAGAUGUACAUUUAAUAAAUAAAUGUCAAAAUGCCAAA